AAACUAAAACAAAAAUGUCAAACGUAACAAAAAUUGUCAAUUCAACCAAAGACUCAACAAUAGACAAACAAUUCUGGGAGUAUUUCGAGAGCGAAUCGCCAUACAACACUUCACUGGCAGUACAGACGGACGGUGCGUGUGUGGUGACGGUGUAUUUCGUGUUGCUGUUCGGCGGAGCGGCGGGGAACCUCGCUGUGCUGACGACGCUGGCGCGCUCGAGGCGCCGCUCGCGCGUCAGCCUGCUCAUGACGCAUCUCGCCGUUGCGGACGUGUGCGUCGUUUGCGGCGUCAUCCCGCUGGAGAUCGGCUGGAAGUACACGAACGCGUGGCUGGCGGGGAACUUCUGCUGCAAGCUGUUCUUGGUUCUGCGAGCCUUCGGCCUCUACCUAUCCUCUAACGUACUCGUCUGUAUAUCGGUUGAUAGGUUCUUCGCGGUGCUGUACCCACUGCGACUGCCUGCUGCCCGUAGGAGGAGCAAGCAAAUGCUGUACUGUGCGUGGGCUAUGGCCCUCGCUUGCAGUUUACCUCAGAGCGUGGUAUUCAGCGUGAAACAGCAUCCAGUUGUCCCCGGGUUUUCCCAGUGUGUCUCCUUCGAAGCGUUCAGCUCGCCAUACCAAGAGGUGGCAUACAACGUGUUCUGCCUGUGCGCGAUGUACUUUCUGCCACUAGCUGUCAUCACCGCCUGCUACGUGUGUAUCUUUGCUGAGAUACACCACAGCAGCAAGGAUAUUGAAGGUGAGAUACACCACAACAGCAGCCGUCGCGCCGGCGGGCCGGUGCGCCUGCGUCGCUCGGACCGGCGCGUUCUGCAGCGCGCGCGGCGCCGCACGCUGAGAAUGACCGUCACCAUCGUUAGCGUGUUCGCGCUGUGCUGGCUGCCCUACGCCACCAUGUGCAUGUGGUGGAUGGUAGACCGGGACUCCGCCCGCCAGAUCCCCAGGCGCGUCCAAGGUCUACUGUUCGCCAUGGCCGUCUCCAACUCCUGCAUGAACCCGCUGGUCUACGGCUCCUACCGCCUCAACUUCAGGAGUAUGGCGCGAAGGUUCUGCAAGGGGUGCUGUAUAGCUACCAGCGCUUCUGAUACCAUAGGUGAGAACAGGACUUAG